UUGACUGAACUCCAAAUUCUUCGGUGCCGAAGUUCUUCUUUAAAAAAAGGUGGUAAACUUGAAAAAGACAGGCGGAUCCUACGGAACACGGCUCUGCUGCUUCUCCUUGCAAAUUUCGUCGAGUCGUCGACCUUAAAAAUCUGUUCUUCCUGUUCUUUUCCUACGAGACACCAUAUAUUGCAUUUUAAAUCGACAAAACAUCUCGAAAAGAAAAUUCGAUUUAAGGACUGCAGACCUGAUGUUACGAAACUGUUUUGUUUCUUAAUGUCCUUUACCGAUUGCAUUGAAAUGAACAAUCCUUAAUUUGUUUGGGUACUUUAAAUUCUAACUUUUUGUAUGCGACACCAAAACACCUCCAUGGACUGUAGUAACAGAAAAGGAAUUAGUUUAGUUUAAAGUAAUUCGAAGGAAGCAAGUAUUCUUCGUGGAAAUUGUUUUGUGUUACAAAUUUCUUCCAACAACAAUUUUUUUUUUAUUCUCGGUAUCCAUUGACUACUAAAAGACAUUUUCGUGAUUACACGUACAAGAAACUUAUAUGUUACAGGACACAAUGUCUUUAGCAAUCCAACUCAAGCAUUUUCUGAUACUUAUUAUGUUUAAUGUCUUGGUAAUUGCACCAAGAACAAAUGCUUUUGUAGCAAAAAAUAUGUUCCUCGGAAAUGAAUCAGAUUCUUCAUCUGCAGAAAACUCUAACGAGGUAAAUGACGUCCCCUUUGAAGAUACUCUUUCUUUUCUGGAUGGCUUCGUGACUGUAAAUGAUGCAGAACUGUCUGAUGGAAAUGAACCAGUCAUCCCAGAAAGGAAACUUUUCAAGAGAAGUACGCAAUCCUCUACCGUGCCACAGUACAUGUUGGAUUUGUAUGAUUAUCUGUUGGAUAGGAAGUUUCAGGUGAAAUUCGACACUGCAAGGAGUUUUCGUUCCAAUACUCCGACUCAUUGGAUUCAAACGAAGAAUUUUACUGAAGAUGACCAUUCUACCAUUCGGUCAGUGACAUUCAACUUGCAUAACUUCCCGAGCUCCGAAAAGGUUGAGUUUGCUCAGCUGCGGAUUCAGCUGUCGCCGGAUGUUACCAGCAAAGUGUACGAUUCAAAAACGAAGAUAAGCAUAUACUUCUUCCACCGUGGUGUUUCUGUUCUGCUGCACGACAAGCUCUUUAAUCCAAACAAAGAUAUACUGCUUACAGCAAACGUAACCAAAUCAUUACAGACAUUGCUAGAAGCUGGUGAGAAAGUUCUGGAAUUACAAAUACGGCUUCCAUAUGAAUUAGAUGGUCUAUUAGAAUUCAGUUCUGACGUCGUCGAAGGACCCCAGCUGCUUGUUCUUUCUCAAGCAACUUCAGAAUCUAAGAAAGACGAUGAUCCAGUCCUCAAUCGAAUGAGAAGGUCAUUGGCAGAGAGAUUUCAAGCACCUUUUGAAGAAACAUAUGAAGAAGGAACGCCUGAUGACAUUGAUAAAAGUUCUGGUACGGCUUCCCCUCAUGUGACGCGGAAGAGGCGGAGUGAAGACGAUGACGAGGAGGCGGAAGAGCAGACCAAUUAUAUCGUCGAGGAACUGGGGAGAAUUCGAAAGGGCAAACUCAAAAAGAAGAAAAAUCCUUGCAGAAGGAAGCCUCUGCAUGUCAAUUUCGCCUCCAUAAAUUAUGAUCAAUGGAUUAUAGCCCCUCCCAGCUAUGAGGCUUUCGAAUGUUCGGGCAGAUGUUCUUUUCCCAUGAGCGCACAUUUGACGCCAACGAAGCACGCCAUCAUCCAAACUUUGAUGCAUAGCCUGGAACCCAAGCAAGUCUCUAGAGCGUGUUGCGUGCCGUCUAAACUCAGCUCUAUAUCUGUGCUUUACGUGGAUGAUGACGGUGUUGUUACCUACAAGUACGACUACGAAGACAUGGUUGUUGCCGAAUGUGGUUGUAGAUGAAAACGAUCGUUGCCAUUUUUGUAGAUGAAGAAAUAUUAGGAAAAUGUUUUUAGAUUAUUUAAAGAGUAUUGCCUGAAAUCUUGCUACUCUGAAACUGUUGCAAAUAUUGUUCCUUCAGUUUGCAGUUUCUGAAUUUUUUUUUCAUCAUUUAUUCAAGAAUUAUUUUUUAUUGCACCUUUUGAAAAGAGUUUAAUGAUUUUAAAUGAACAUAGCCCAAAAAGAAAGUACAGCACUUCUUCCAAUAACAAAAUCAUUAUUUGACAGCUGUUUUUAAGAUUUAAUUUUAUGUUAUUUAACUUUUUGAUAUAUGUAUCUAAUUUCAUAUAAUUUUUUUCUAACAAGUUAGAACGUGCUUGAACCACUGUGUAUAAACAUUUGAAAUAUUUUAAUGUCAUUUUCGGAAUGUUAAUUUUAGCGUAAAAUAUAGAGAUUUCUCGGCAUAAAUAUAUAAUAAAUUAAUAAAAGAGAAGAGAAAUGAAAUGGAAGUUUAGUCUAAACUGUCAUAUGAAUGUGGGCAUUCUGUUGCUGGCAGUACAGAACUACAAAAGAAUGUUUGAAAUGCAUAAAUCAUGGAAAAUUUUUCUAAAAUUAUUCAUUAAACUCAGACUUAUUAAAACUCAGGUUGCAUGAAAUUAUGCUACCUUUUAAACUCAUAUAGAUGCUUAAAUACUGAACGGCUACUAAAUAAAGAAUAAUUUUUGUAAGAUUAACAAAUAUUCUUAUAUGCAUUAUGCUAUCAAAAUUUAUUACAAAAAAGUAGUUACUUAUUUUAUUUAAUUAGUUUUAAAAAUAACUGACAAAUAAAUUAGUAAUCUUUUUAAUUAAUAAAGAGUAAUCUAAUAUCUCUAAAAAUUAAUUACUAUAUUACUAAGUGAACAAACAAUAAAGAUAAAUUUGUUUAUUUACUAAAAAAUUUAAAUAAUUUCGAAACUUCCUUUUUUUUAAUAAUAUACUUUUUGCAGAAAGAUGGAGGCAAGAAUGCCCAGUAUCGCUUAGAUAUUUUACCAAUGUGAUUUUAUUUUAUAUUUUACCAGCUAAAAAGUUUAUAUUUAUUUAUUUUAUAUUUUAACAGAUAAAAAAUUUAUAUUUUAUUUAAUAUUUCACCAGAUAAAAAAAAAUAGGCAAGAAAGCAACUUUAGACUGACGAUUUUACAUAAAAUUCUAUCGAUUUCGAAAGCCAUCCGAUAUAAGUCUAUGCUCCUUAGGUUUUGUAAAGGUAGAAAGAGCAAUUUUAUAGGAAAGAUAUAUUUUAUACUGACAAUUCAGUGGCUCUAGGUACCGCUGAUUUUUUGCAGUUCUUGAACGUACAUGUAUCCGCACUAUGUACGUUUAAUUAUAGAGUUAACUUUAUUAAAGUUAGAGUUAACUUAGAGUUAACUUUAUUAAACUUAACUCUAAGUUGAAUGUACAUUGUGCGGAUACAUGUAUGUACCAGCACUGCAAAAAAUCGGCGGUACCUAGAGCCAAUGAAUUAUUUGUGUCAUUCCCACUUGAGACGCUUUUUAUAGGAUUUCACCUGUUUAGAAAAUAUAAUUCGUUUGUAAAUUUUAAAUGAUAAUCAUACGAAAUUUAUAUAUAGUCUCAUCGUACAUAUUUCUGAAUGAUGUGUGUGUUUGAGGUGGAAAUUUCUAAAAUUAGUCCAUUUUCUCUUAUUUACUUUAAAAGACUGUAAUAUAAGAAUGAAUUUUCUAUUAAUUUAUAAUAGCAGGGAAAAUAAGAAAGUACAUAAACAAAAAAAAUGCA